UUAUUUUUUUCAAGAAGACGAACGUGGUAGCAGCGGAAGAAGUUACAAAAAGAUCAAGUUAAACCAGUUGGUACAAGCAAUUGUUCAUAAGAUGCUUGACUGGUUAUAUAGUGGGGUAGAUUUUACCCUGGAUGGAAACGGUGGAACGGAGUGUGCUCAAUACUUGAGCCUCCAGCAUAGGGUAUACGAAACCAUUUUAGUUGUAUUUGUAUCAGUUGUUGAGAUUAUUGUUGCAAUAAAAUACAUCCGAAACAAGCCACUCCACAAGCAAGUAAAGGAUAACUUCUAUGCGCUAAAUGUUGCAAAGACAGAGAGUAACGGUACAGCACAAAAGCAUGUUGUUGUAUUACAGCCAAGGGCAGCUUUAAAAAGUUUUCUCCUCGUGGCACUGUGUCUUGCGUUUGGAAUUGAAAUCGGUUACAAGUUCGCAACAAACCAGAUAAUCUACCUCUUAAACCCAUGCCAUGUAUUAACUGCUUCCAUGAUAUUUCUGCUAGCUGUAGACGAAAACAGGAAAUCUCCAUUUGUUCAAGCUGUAUUCAGAGUCCAACUUCACUUACUAAGUGGUCCGUUGUUAGCCAUCUUACUCCCUGUUGUGAACACAAGACACCUGUCGUGUGAGAUUGAAUCUUACUGGCUACACCAUUGUUUGCUUUAUCUGGUUCCCAUAUAUUUGAUAUCACUGGGAGGUUCAUAUUCAUGUGAACCACUGACAGACUUGUGGUGGCCUGUGUUAAGCGUUGGGGUCGGGUUUCUAUACCAUUUUACUUUUCUUCAAGGUCUAGCAUUGACAACAAAAGUGAAUCUGAACAACAUGCUGUGCCCAGCAGUUUCUGACCCUUUUAGGGGUUCCAGUUAUCGCAUGUGGGCGUUCGCACACCAGCAUUUCCUAAUUGCAAUACAUGGCAAACUUUAUCACGCAUUUUCUUGGCUGGUCAUAUCAUCCUGUCGAAACUGCCAUAGUUUUUGUUGUACAGUUUUACAUAAAAACCACCAUGACGCAACAACCAACAACAUAAAGAAAAUUGAUUAGAGCGCUUUUUCUUUGUUCUUUAGUUUUACGCGAUUUAUCACCCUUGCCUAAUUGUUAUCCUAACCACCUAAUUUUGGUGCAAUAGCGUAGAUUUUUAUGCAGUUAUGAGUGAACAUGUGCAAAAUUUAAGCUGAACAGCAAACUAAUUAACACAACUUCUACGUAUUUAGAUUUUAUUAAAAAAUAUUGAUUUUAUCAUAUUUUUCACUUUUUCAUUUUUAAGAGUUCCUAUUAGUGAAUCAUGAUGUAAAAAUAUAUAAAUGGAAAACAUACGUUUUUUUUUUAAUUUUCUUGUUACAGAUACUGUACGCUCUAAAUAUAGUAGGGUGGGAGAAGAUGAGACACCUUUAUCACAUGAUAUCCAAAUAUCCUGAUCGUGUUUUAAACAUUUAACAACGGUCUAUGAUUGUCGUGAAGAUACGGUUUUAAGUUCUUUGUAUGUUUUUUGUUUACUACCAAAUGGGACGAGAAAAUGGAAUGAUAAGGUGUCCCAUCUUACCCUGACCUACUAUAUAUAUUUAUAUACAAGAAAUUGCGCAAAACGGCAGCCGCACACAAAUUUGCAAAUCACGGGUGAAUUGGUAAAUGUAAUUAACAGUUUCCAAUCCAACGCAGAUUAAUUAAAACCAAACAACUGGUGAAUUAAUUUAAUUUAUUUAUUCUUUUUGGCGCAAAUACCGUAAUGUGCUUAUAAAAGCUCCACUUUAAAAAAUAAAUUGUGAAGAUAUCGCCAUUUCAACGAAUACGACAAGUUUUUUGAAUUAAUACUAAAGCACACUCACGCACUUAUA